AUGACAACCGUAAGACAGAGAAGGGCUGGAAAAGGCACAGAAGCGGCUGAAGAUCAGCCUUCAGAGGAGAAGAAUGUGAAGCCUGAUGGGAAAAUUCUGUCUGAUCAUACAGGUGGAAAGCUGUGGAACAUACUCUCAAUAAGUGUUGGUGGAAUUGUUGCCCUCUCUCUUGGACUUCUUACUUCUGUUUAUGUUGCUACACUGCAUGAAAAUGACCUGUGGUUUUCCAAUAUUAAGGAAGUCGAAAGAGAAAUUUCAUUCAGAACAGAAUGUGGACUUUAUUAUUCCUACUACAAACAGAUGAUUCAGGCUGCUUCCAUCCAGCAAGGUUUACAUGGUUUAGUAUAUGACAAUAAAACUGAAUCUGUGAGGACAAUUAACAUACUUGAAAGAAUGAAUGUUUACCAGGAGGUGUUACUCAGCAUUCUGUAUAGGAUUCUUCCAAUUCAGCAAUACCUAGAGCCCGUUUAUUUUUAUAUCUACACUUUGUUUGGACUUCAGGCAGUUUAUGUCAUUGCUCUGUAUGUAACAAGCUGGCUUCUUAGUGGAACAUGGCUUUCAGGGUUGCUGGCAGCUUGCUGGUAUAUUACAAACAGAACAGAUACUACAAGAGUAGAAUUUACCAUUCCUUUAAGAGAGAACUGGGCAUUACCAUUCUUUGCUGUUCAGAUAGCAGCCAUCACAUACCUACUCAGAACUCAUUUACAGCCUGUUCAAGAAAGAUUGACACUUACGGCUGUAUUCAUAGCAACAUUUCUCUUUAGCCUGACUUGGCAAUUUAAUCAGUUUAUGAUGCUGAUACAAGCAUUGGCACUAUUCAUACUGGACUGCUUUGACAUGCUUCCCACAGCAAAGGUUACGUGGCUCUAUAUCAUUCAGAUUUCUGCAUUACUGCUAGUCUGUGUUCUACAGUUCUUUAAUUCUAUGAUUCUUGGAUCAUUACUUAUAAGUUUUAAUGCUUCUGUCUUGAUAGCAAGAACAAUCCAGAAAAACCUAAAAAAGGGUGGCUUGCUUAAUAGGCUUGGGAAACUUAUCCUGCAUGUACUAUUAGUCUUGUGCUUGACUCUCCUUAUAAAUAAGUUCAUCAAGAGAAGUCUUAAUCUUGAGUCAGAUGAACAUAUAUUCAAAUUUCUGAAAGCAAAAUUUGGAUUUGGGGCAACAAGAGAUUUUGAUGCUAACCUGUAUCUUUGCGAAGAAGCUUUUGGUUUACUACCAUUAAAUACUUUUUCAAGACUCUCGGAUACAUUACUUUUUUACGUCUACGUAUUUGUUCUCUUCCUUAUGACAGUAGCAGCUGUAAUCGUUGCCUUUCAGAACCUCAGUGGUUCAAAUCAAGUCCAGUUCAUGGAAAAAAUGGAAGAAUGCACAAUAACACUGAAGCCUGAUGCCGCUUACAACUUAAUUCACACGGUUCUUUUUGGAUGUCUGGCAUUAAGCACAAUGAGAAUGAAGUACCUCUGGACAUCCCACAUGUGUGUAUUUGCAUCUUUUGGCCUGUGCAGUACGGAAGUAUGGAAACUUAUCCUGAAGUGCAUUCAUCUCUACACAUCACAGAGGACCCAUGUGAUUAAGUAUUCUAUACCGAUAAUUACAUUACUAUACAUUUCAUAUAAGUUCUGGCCAGGAAUAAUGGAUGAACUGUCAGAGCUGAGAGAAUUCUAUGACCCAGACACUGUGGAGCUGAUGAACUGGAUUAAGUCAAGCACUCCAAACACAGCAGUGUUUGCUGGGAGCAUGCAGCUAUUAGCAGGAGUCAAACUGUGCACUGGACGGACCUUAACUAAUCAUCCCCAUUAUGAGGAUAAGAAUCUGAGAGAGAGAACAAAACAGAUUUAUCAGAUCUAUGCCAAGAGAUCUCCUGAAGAUGUUUACAGAAUACUGCGAUCCUUUGGCACAGACUACGUGAUCCUAGAAGACAGCAUUUGUUACGAAAGAAGACACAGUAGAGGCUGUCGGUUACGUGACUUACUUGAUAUAGCUAAUGGCCAUAUCAUGGAUGGUUUGGGAGAGAACGAACCUGAUUUGAAACCUUCGUUGUAUCCUCGCUUCUGUGAGGAAAUUAAAAAAAACCUGCCUUCUUAUACCAUACACUUCACUAGAGUGUUUCAAAACAAAACAUUCCAUGUUUACAAACUUGCUAAGCAUAAAUAACGUUUCCGACCAUGGCUUCAAGUUCAGUAUUUUAAUGCUAGGACCCACAUUAGAAAAUGCAGAAGAAGUUUACAAACGUGUUACAUUUGUAAGACAUUUUACAUCGAUGGUUUCUUGUUUAAUUACUGUGAUUCUUACUUUUUUAGACAGUUUAGUUUUGAUAACAUUCUUGAAGUUGCCAAAAUUUUCAUAGAUUCAUAAAUAAAUGCUAGCAGGGACCAUUUUGAUUAUAAAGUCUGACCUUCUGAAUACCUAGGAUAUAAUUGCUUUCUAGUUUUAACUGAUUUAAAGACACAGAAUGAGGAGCCUGCGUGACCGCUGCAGAAUAGCUAGCCUAGGAAGUUCUGCUCAGCAGUUUGGAUUUUUACUAUAAAAUGAUAGAAAUUCAAUGAAAGCAGGCCACGCUACUCCUACUCCGAGUAUGCGUUAUGUUUGUGAAUCCUUAAAAUAGUCACAAAAAUUAGGUUUUGUCUUACAAUCUGAUCCUCUUUGACAGAUCCUUGUGCUCUUUCAGUGCCUCCUUUUUUGAAUUCUUUGGGAAUGUAUGCGGAUGAGAGUUUCCAAGCUUGUGAGUGUGAUUGCAGAAUCAGUGAGUGCAGAAUCAGUAAGCAAGUUUGAAGAGUAACACUUUAAUCAUUGUCCAGCAUUUUUAGUGAUACAGAAACAUACUGUUUUAUAACGUUCAGCAUUUAACGAUGGAGUGUUAUGUAUUUCUAAUGAGACUAAAGGUUGGAGCAUGCUUGAUACGUGUUGCAUGUUUGUAUCCUUGUAAAAUGCUCAGAACAAACAAAAACCCAAAUCUCUCGGCUUGGAUUCUCACACCACUAUUUUCUGUAUUUGCUUUCUGAACUACAGGGGAUCCUUUUGCUCCCUGUGUGAAUUCCAGGAGUAGGAUACCAAAACUGAA